AUGCAGGACUUUCGACUGACAGCCAUCGUGAUGGCAUGCUUUGCGCUAUUCCCAAGCUAUACAAAUGCCUUUUGGCGUCUUCCAUGCCGUGGUAGAACUGGUCUCGCCCGCGUGGACCCCAUUGUGGACCCGGGUGAGGUCUCAGGUCACGUUCACGCGGUCCAUGGAGGUGGAAGCUUUGGCAUGAGCUCGGAUCAGGAAUCGCUCCUCAGUGGCGAUUGCACCUCGUGCGCAGUGACUCAAGACAAGUCUGCUUACUGGGCUCCCGCUUUGUACUUCAUGCACACCAAUGGCAGUGCCCAGGUAGUUGAUGAGGUUGGAGGCAUGCUUGCCUACUACCUUCUGUAUGGACAGAAUAUCACUGCCUUCCCAGAUAACUUCCGCAUGCUGGCUGGCGACCCCUUCCAGCGCAAUUUCACCUGGCCAGUUCCCGACCCUCCCAAGUCCUCGUGGAGUGGUGCUCAGGCUUCACAAGCUGCUUUGCGCCAGAAGGCCCUUGGCUUCAACUGCCUGAACUACCAGGCAGCCGCUGAAGAGUCUCUCUACCGCCAUUUCUUGCCCAACAAGACCUACCUCGAUGAGCACUGCACCGACGGAGUCCGCUUUGAGUUGAUGUUCCCAUCCUGCUGGAAUGGUAAGGAUGCUGACUCCCUUGAUCACAAAUCCCAUGUCGCAUACCCGUCCCUCGUUAUGGAUGGUACUUGCCCCGAGGGUUUCGAGACUCGCCUGGUAUCACUCUUCUACGAGACUAUUUGGGACACUUACGCAUUCAAGGGCGUCGAUGGAUAUUUCGCUCUCUCCAAUGGUGACCCUACUGGAUACGGAUACCACGGUGAUUUCAUGCAGGCCUGGGAUUCCGGCGUGCUACAGGAGGCUAUUGAAACUUGCACCAGCGAGACAGGUAUUGUUGGCGACUGCCAAAUCUUCGACAUUCAGUCGGAAGAUGAACAGCGUCAAUGCCAGUUCCCCGUCCCUUCCGCGCUCAAACACGAAAAUUGUGAAAUGCACGACGACGGACUGCCUGGCGGUAUGGCUAUUCAGUGGGGCCCCGAGCCUGCCUCGAUGAACGCCGGGGCUGCAAGCACAACCACCGCCAACCUCAUCACACUUCCCACCAUUUCCAUUGCUGGAUUUUCGAUUGAUCCCAACACCUUGCUUGGCAACCUCCACUUGCCCAGCGCUACUGAAGCUGCUGCUACUACUUCUUUCACCUCCACCUCGACUCCCUCGCCAACCCCGACCCCCGUCACAUCUACUAUUAUCGAUCCUCACACCGAAGAGAUUAUCUAUAUUCAACGUGAAGUUGUCGUCCUCUGUGAUGGAAAUGGCGAGACUUACUCGACUAGCACUGGCGCCCUUCGUACUGUCUCAUCUACCAUCACCACCAUUAUGGAAACCUCCACAGCCGUUUCCUACGUGAAGAAGGACACUGUCCCGGAACCUGUGGAACCGGAGCAGGCUGCUGGCCAUGCCCGCAGAAACCCUCACCACCGUCACGGUCACGCGCACAACUAG